GGCUGCGGGACCCGUGCGGCCUCAGGGGCUCUGCUGCGCCUCGGGGGUCCCCACACAGAGCGGGGCGUGCGACAGACCCAGCCCGUGAGGCGGACGGGGGUCCCCGAGAGCCCCGGGAGCGGGGAGUGCUGCGGGGAACGGACCGGCGGCCCUUGGAGAUGACCACCCUGACGCACCGGGGCCGGCGCGCCGAGGGCAAGGAGAGGAAGGGGGAGGGCGAGGAGGAGCCCGAGCUGAACGAGGAGGAGCCCGACGACUCCAAGGACAUCCGGCUGACCCUGAUGGAGGAGGUGCUGCUGCUGGGGCUGAAGGACAAGGAGGGCUACACGUCCUUCUGGAACGACUGCAUCUCCUCGGGGCUGCGCGGGGGGAUCCUGAUCGAGCUGGCCCUGCGCGGCCGCAUCCGCCUGGAGCCCCUGGCCCUGAGGAGGAGGAGGCUGCUGGAGAGGAAGGUGCUGCUGAAGUCGGACGCCCCCACGGGGGACGUGCUGCUGGAUGAGACCCUCAGGCACAUCAAGGCCACGGAGCCAGCAGAGACGGUGCAGACCUGGAUAGAGCUGCUCACUGGAGAGACGUGGAACCCCUUCAAGCUGCAGUACCAGCUGCGCAACGUGCGGGAGCGGCUGGCCAAGGCGCUGGUGGAGAAGGGCAUCCUGACCACGGAGAAGCAGAACUUCCUGCUCUUCGACAUGACCACGCACCCGGUGAGCAACGCCUCCGAGAAGCAGCGCCUGCUGAGGCGGCUGCAGGAGAGCGUCCUGGAGCGCUGGGUCAACGAGCCCCAGCGCAUGGAGCGCCGGACUCUGGCCCUGCUGGUGCUGGCCCACGCCUCCGACGUGCUGGAGAACGUUUUCGCCAGCCUGGCCGACGACAAGUACGACCUGGCCAUGAACAGGACCAAGGACCUGCUGGACAUGGACCCCGAGGUGGAGGCGGCCAAAGGAAAGGGCACCGAGAUGAUCUGGGCCGUGCUGGCCGCCUUCAAUAAGUCCUAAAAGUCCUCCUUGGUGGGUCCCCGUGCUGGGGUCGCACCCUGGGGUCUCCCCAGAGGGACCUGGAGCUGCAAGGUGCCAAGGCAAGGGGCGCUGGGAUGAUCUGGGCCGUGCUGGUGGCCUUCAGUGAAACACUUCUCACGUGGCAUGGGGAGAUCCUUGGUGGGUCCCAUCACGGGCACCUCACACCCCAGCUGGGGUCACACCCUGGGGGCUCCCCAGAGGGACCUGGAGCUGAUCUGGUGACCUGGGCCGUGCUGGUGGCCUUCAGGAAGUCCUUAACCCCUCACACAGGGUGGAGGAGACCCUUGGUGGGUCCCAUCAAGGAGAGCCCUCUCCCCACGGGGACCUGCAGCUCCUGAGGCACAGGCAUGGAGAUGAUCUGGGCUCUGCUGGUGGCCUUCACUAAGUCCUAAACUCCUCCUCACGUGGUGUGGGGAAGACCCUUGAUGGGUCCCAUCCUGAGGUGCCACCUGGGCUCCCACCCUGGGGUCCCCCCAGAGGGACCUGG